AUGGAGCAAGCUACAGCUGCUUCGAUUGCAGAAAAAGAACGUAAGCAAGCGGGCGGCAAGGUGGAUGAGCAUGACUUGAGAGAAGAAGAAUUUGGAAUCCCAGAUGAAGACUUGGAGAGAUACGGAGGUGAAAGAUACCCUGCUCAUGAAUAUCUGAUUUUGAGUACAGCUGGAAAGCCAGUCUUUUGGAGCAAAAUCAAGCAAUCUAUCCAGGAUGAAGAAGAUCAGAUGGAAGCCACUCGAGUAGGACUGUUACAGGCCAUCAUAUCUAAUUAUGCAGAGAACAACAAAAAGAAACUGUAUGAGACCAGUGCGGAGGUGCUGGAAUUACCAAAAACGGGAAAGACGACGUUCUUACUUCGUCCACCGUUGUAUCUGGUGGCUGUCUCAUAUUGGGACGAGCCUAAUUCUACUCUUCGAAAUCAUCUGGAGUAUCUACACCAAGCUGUCAUUAGUCUUGUUUCGGCUUCGAAGUUGAACAAACUCUUUGAUCGGGCUGCAAACUUUGAUUUGAAAAGACUACUGCAGGGGACAGAUAACAUUCUAGACUCGCUGCUGACCCGACUACAGCUUGAAACAAUCGCGAUGCGGGGUGCUUUACAACCACUACGUCUGAAUGCAGCAAUACGACAUGACGUAGGUGCAGCAUUAAUACCGACACGCAGCAAACAAGCUCGCCCUCAAGAUGCGCUGUAUGCAGUAUUGCUGACUCGCAAUGGUAUCGUUACCUUGGCAAGGAGACGAAAGCAUAGUAUUCACCCUGUGGACUGCCACUUAUUGGUCAAUACCGUCCUGUCCACUAAUGCACUCAAAGAAGGCGGAACGCAGAGCUGGGUUCCGAUUUGUUUGCCAAAGUUUGCACCUCAAGGGUUCUUGUACGCUCAUGUCAGCUUCCUGGAUGAUGAGGGAAAGCAAGACAAGAACGAGAAAGUAAAGGGCGACACAACUGCAGCAUCUGCCAGUAAUCGUCAUCCUGACUUGGGACUUGUUCUCGUGACUGCAAAUCCAGACGGCUUUGAUGAUAUGAGUGCGUGGAGGGACAGGAUUGUCGACGAAGCUGCUACCAGAAGCACUUCUACGAAUGCUACUACCACUUCGAUUCGGUACAGCGCGGAUGAAUUGGGAAUAGCUGGACUUCGUCACUUUUGCUUCAAAUGGCGUUCAAAUGUUCAAUCAACUUCUUCUUCGUAUGAAGAUCCAUACACGCCAGGAACGGAUGAUCAUAGAAGACUGUUGUAUCUUUAUGGUCUAGCAUACGAAUACCAAAGUAUGGGAAUUGGAACUUCUCAGGGACGUUCAACAACUUCAACGCACGUUAUAAGAACGCAAAAUGAAGCAAUUUUAGCAUGGUCAACGCCACCAUUUGAAUUAUACAUUUGCGCAAGUCCACAUAUUCCAAAUUCAACUUUGAUCAAUAUGGCAAAAUCUGUGGUAAAAUGGGUAAAACAGGAAGAGCAUCAAUUAUUCAUCGUUUCCGCACCAAUUUUCUAAAAAUCGUGUAUAGUAAUGAUACCCCUUUCAAUGGAAUGAAAAUCUCUAAAGAAAACGAU